AUGGAAAGUUGUGAGAGAUCGAAGAAGGGCUGCGGGUACCGGUUUCGCAGGUUCAGGGACUGGAUACUGGGGUUUAAAACUUCACACCUAGCACUUGAGAUCGAGUCCCUCAAAAAUGAUAUACAGGUAAAGGACAAAAUUAUAAGCGAACUGAGGAAAAAGAAUCUGACCUGGGCAGGCAGAAUAGGUACAUCACAGUUUGACUUGCUCCGAAUUCUGGGAAUCGGCGGGUAUGGAACCGUGUACCUCGCUAAGAAAAGGGGCGGCGCUGAUGACGGUCAACUCUACGCUAUGAAGGUGUUAAAAAAAACUUCGAUUAUUCAAGGUGACGACGUUAAAGUAGCAAUGGCAGAGCGUCGGGUGUUAGAAGCGGUAGGCCAGCACCCUUUCCUUACUGCCCUCCAUUAUGCAUUUCAGACUGAUUCCAAAUUAUACCUUGUUCUAGACUACAUGUGUGGAGGGACCUUACUAACCCAUUCUUACAGCCGAACAUUCACGGAAGAUGAUGUAAGAUUUUACAAUGUUGAGAUAACUCUGGCACUUGAACAUCUUCACAAGCUGCAUAUCAUUCACCGUGACGUUAAGUUGGAGAACAUUUUACUUGACUCACAAGGACAUGCAGUCCUUUCAGACUUCGGUCUCAGCAAAAUAUUCCUUCCACACAAGGUGCAUAGAGCACAUUCAACUUGUGGCACAUUGUCCUACACAGCCCCAGAAGUGAUUGUAAAAAGUGACGCCGGCUAUGAUAUAGCUGUGGAUUGGUGGAGUCUUGGUAUCAUCACAUACGAACUCCUCAUAGGGGAGACACCCUUUGAACGUCAAAAUGAAUCAUUGACAAACGAGGAACUAGCUUCCCGAAUAAUUACUACUGAACCUGAUAUCCCCGAUGACUUAUCCUUUGAUGCAGCAGAUUUCAUCUCUCAGUUAUUAGUCAAGGAUCCACAAAAGCGUUUAGGUGGAGGAAAAGAUGAUGCUGAGGAACUCAAAAGGCAUCCAUUCUUAAAAGGAAUGAACUGGUCUGAUAUGGCACAGAAGAAAAUCUUAGCACCAUUUUUACCCACAAAAACAAAUGAGUUGGAUGACACCAACUUUCCUGAAGAAUUCAUCCAGAAAAUUCCUGCUCACUUACCCGCUACUCUACCUUCAAACUGUGAUGAGUUAUUCAGGGGAUAUUCAUUUGUAUCACCAUCUUGUAAGAUUAAGAACCUGGAAAUGGGAUACAGCGUGACAAAACGCGUACAGAAGAGAUCCGACAUGGAGAAAAGAUUGAUGGAAUCAGAUCCGAGAGCUGCCACAGAAAAGAUCAAGUCCCUGGAAGCUGAACUCAUUAGGGCAAACUGUGUGCAGCAGAGGUACAAUUGGGAGAAGAGGCGGCUGCGAAAAGACCUGAGAGAUGCCAAAAAAAAGAUAACUUCCCUGGAAGUAAAACUGAAUAAGGCAAACUGUACAAGGAUGAGAUACAAUGACAAAAAAAGUAUGCUGGAAAUAGACCUGAGAGAUGCCAUAAAGCGAAUCCAGUCAUUGGAAACAAAAUUUGCUAAGGCCACUUGGAAGAAAUACAAUAAGGAGCCACCAAGGAUGCAAACACAGCUGAGAAGUGGCAAAAAAAAGAAAAGGUCCCUGGAAGCGGAAUUAACUGAGGCAAACCGUGCACAGCAGAUGAGCAAAAGGAAUGAAAGGAGGCUGAAAACAGACCAAAGAGGUGCUAUAUAA